AUGGUGAAUUAUGCAGAUUGGAGAAAAGACUUACAAGAGAUUUUCAGCAUGGCGCAAGGUGUACCGUCAAGAAUGGAUCUCAUAGGGCGGCUCAAGCGGUCCUUGGCUCUGCUUUCUUACCCUCCGGUCCGUGCCGGCUCUCCACCGGAGAUCUCCCUCUCUUCCGAUCACGAGCCUCCUCCAGCUCCUCUCAGAAGAAGGCCUACACCUUACUUUGAUGCAGCUCCACUACUAGACACGCUAAUGGGAGACCGAAGGCCGAGGUCUUCAGAUACCUCAAGACACCCCUACAGACAAGAGGAAAAGAGAUCCCGAACUCACACUACUAACCCCUCAAACUCUCAGGGUACGCAUAGAGAAUGGAGAGAAAGACAAGUUACUCCACCUGUGAGACACGUAGACUCAAUUACUCCAACUCCGGCGCCGGUCCACCAGAUAGAAGACACUCCACAAGCUCCACUGGGAAGGAACUUAGAUCUGUGUGACUUCCCCUCUCCACCAGCCAGACCCCAAACAAGGGACGAAGUGAUGAACGAUCUACACAAGGCUGCUCGCCAGUACGCAAAUUGUGAGGACCCCGUUGAAAGUAAUGCCAGAAGAGCUCGAAUCCUCCUUAGUGAACAGAACGGAGAUGUAGAGGCAGCAGCUGAUAGCAUUAUGCUUGCAGCGUCUACAGCUUUGGCUGCAGGGGCCUCUAACUCGCAGUUCCUUCGUAUGGAAACGACUAAGAACCUGCAGCUCCCUUCAGAGCACCUCUUUACUGAUUCUCCAGCCGCAGUUCAACGUCCUAUUCCAGCUGAAGCUCGAAGGCCUGCAUCUCUACCAAGACCUAGGGGAUACCACGAAAGAUCAAGUAGGCAAACUCCCAGUCCCAUGCAAGGCACGGGGGCCUCGACAUUUAGAUGCAGCUCUAGGAUCAUCCCUGCCCCCUCUACCUACGACCUCUGCCUCUGCUGCCGGUGA